AUGGACCCCGUGGCGCCCGCGCUGCCGGCUAGCGGCGAUGGGACGAUUGCCGCCGCGGGGGGGGAGGAGGAGCCACUUGCUGCGUCCGCCGGAGCUUCGGAUUCUACUUACAGCGGCGCGGACGCGGAGGAUGCGGUGGCAGGAGGGGGCUCUGGGGCGGCGGAGGCGAGCGCGGCGGCCACGGCCGAGGAGGACAAGCGCGUCCGGGCGCUGAGGAUUGCCCUGCAGCACAGGACGCAGAUGCCCGUGACGGACGAGGAGGCCCGGGCUAUCCUCCAGGCGCGAGGGGGUCGCGAGACGCCCGUGACGGAGGAGGAGGCGCGGGGCGGCGAGAAGCUAUCGCGGCGUGGGAAGAAGGCGGUGGCGAAGGAGGCGGGCGAGGUGGUAUCACGCGAGGAAGGCGAGGCGAUUUAUCGCGCGACGCUCGAGUCGCUGUUGGCGUCCACCGGGUGGACGCCGCGCGCCGCGGAGGAGAGGGCGCGCGAGGAGCAGCGUGCGCAUGUUCGGCAGAUGCGCUGGGCAAGGGAGCACGGCCGGGGGGAGCCGGUCCGGUGCUUUGACGCGGAGGAGUACGACGAAGGCGACGACGCUUUCGACGCGCUCUUCGACGGGGGCUCGGGGUACGGGUGGGAUUCCCCCUCGGGGGGCGGCGCUUUCUUCUAG